GAUACUAUAAACACCAUGAUCCAUGGUAGCGCAGUUAUGACUUGUACGGAUCAGCGGGCGAGACGCGUCGAGUGCAACGUGCAGGCUGUCCCCCCUCCCCAGCCCUCACCCUCCGCCACAACGUCUCUUCCCCCCGAUCCCCGUCCACCCCCUCCCGCCAAACAACCAGCCGCUGCCGCCCGCCUCCCGCGCCAGUCUGUCGCCGCGCGUCCCCAGCGAUGCAGCUAUCGUAAGUCGAUAGUAGUCGAACGCGCGUGCGUUUGUUUUGUGUCCCGUGAUCUGUGUUUGUUGUGUAAUGUGUAUACCAAACAUGUCCGGGCGACAUGGCCGUGUGUAGUUGACAUGUCGCUGAGCGCGCCCGCUCAGCCGGUGCGCGGGACCAGGACCAGUAGCCUCGACCAGCUUGAUUUCCAAGAGCGCAGACAGCUCAUAGCUAGCUCGUUGUCCUUAACAGACUUUCUGCAUGUUGGAGCUAAAGAAGUGGCUGCUGUUGCCGCCAAAAAACAGAAUGGCUCCGCGGUGCGAACAAACAGCCUGGGUUCCGGCGCGCGCACCCCGCCCGCCGAAAGAACCAAGUCUAAGUUCUCCGCGUUCGGUAGACUUUUCAAACCCUGGAAGUGGAAACGGAAAAAGAAGUCGGAGAAAUUCGAAGCAGCCUCUAGAACUUUAGAAAGAAAAAUAUCCGUCCGAGCGAAUAGAGAAGAGUUAGUUCAAAAAGGUAUUCUCAUGCCGGAGAGUCCUGUCACUCCCGUUCCGGAAGCCAACGAGGAUGUCUCCCCGGGCUACGAGGAGGGUCGUGUUGACCGCGAGUGUGUGCCGGGCGGCGCGACACUCAGCGAGCGCUCGCUCGGCAUGCAUGCAGCACUACAGGCACAGCUGGCAGCACAGCUCGCACAGCAGCAGCUAGCACACCACCACCAGAACAAUAAUAUCAUCGAACCAAAGAAAGAUAAAUUGGAGAAUGGUGGUGAAAUGGUGAGGCCAGAGAGACCGAACUCAUUGUCAGCCGGCAAGCUCCCAAGACGGAUGUGCUAUCAAGGAGACGUGGUGGGCGGUUAUGGGGGCGGCGUGGGCAGCGUGGGUGACGGCGAUGUCAGCGAAGAACAGCUCAUGCUGUCGGAGCUGCCGGAGCCGCCCAUCGCACUGUCGGAGAUCGGUCCCAUUCCGCCUCCGCCCAUGUUCAGCUCGCCGAGUCCCACCCGCCAUCACCACCCUCACCAACAUCCCCACCCUCACCCUCACACACACCCUCAUCCUCUCUCCAAUCAACUGUCUGAUUCUGAAGACGAGGAUUCUCAGGAGGAGGAGGAGGGUGAAGCCGUGGCCGGUGCGGAUACGUCUCGGGUCGAGGAGAUUCCUCCAAAGGAGCCCUUAUAUAACGCGGUGCCGCUCAAGUCCGCCCUUAAGAAGCGACCGGCCGCCUCGCCCGCUGGGACUCCUCUCGCCACGCCGCUCGCACCGAGACAGGAUCACCAUCACGCCAGUUUUAAACGGCCGCCGCCCAAGCCGAGGAUCCGCAUCUGCAGCCGUCCGGUGCGCGUGGGCAAUGCCACGGAUAACAAAGAGAACGCUCGACCCUGGGAAGGUGACUACAGCGAGUACUCGAGCGAGUCUGAAAGAGUAGCCGCCAAGUUAGCCCGUAAGGAGAGCCUCAACAUCAAACUGGCGCUACGACCGGACAGACAGGAGCUAAUCAAUAGGAAUAUCCUGGUGGUGCAGAGCGAGCACGAGCGUCAGGAGUCUUGGGAGGCCAUCGGCGCGAGACUCAUACGUCGCCUGUCAAUGAGACCCACUGCUGAGGAAUUGGUAGAGAGGAACAUACUCAAGAGUCAGUCACCAGCGGAGGAGAAGAAACAAAAGGAAGAGAAAAAGCGUUACCUCCUGCGUAAGCUUAGUUUCCGACCCACCGUCGACGAACUGAAGGAGAAGAAAAUCAUAAGAUUUAGUGAUUAUAUAGAAGUGACACAAGCGCACGAUUACGAUCGUCGCGCUGAUAAGCCUUGGACGCGCCUGACGCCUCGUGACAAGGCAGCCAUCAGACGGGAGCUGAACGAGUUCAAGAGCUCCGAGAUGGCGGUGCAUGAGGAAAGCAAACAUCUUACCAGAUUCCAUAGACCAUGACGGCUGUGCCCUAGUCCUAGUAAGGAGAGCGGCCUGCGGGUCUUCGGAUGAGCGUGCGCCCCUCGGCCCUCGGCCCUCGCCCCGCACUGUGAUUUAUUAUAUUCAUAUUGACCUCUUUCGCAUUCGGAAGUUUGUAUGCAAUAACACGAGAGGCGGCGGCGGAGCGACCCAUACCGUCACCCGCUAACCAACCGACUGUCGGUACGACGUGCUCACCGCAGCCGUCUCUUCGAGUACGAUACGUUGUCGUAGUGACUUUUAUAAUAACUUUUAGUUCCCUAAGUACCUUAUACAUUCUUUGAAUUGACCUUCGAGAAAGGUUAGUGAUACUGAUUAUUGUGGAGAUUAUGAGUUUUAGAAGCUCUGUGAGAUUCGAUAUGUCUGAUGUGAGACGUGUCCCGCUUAGGAUUUUGUAGAUUUGUGAUUAUUUUUUUUCUUAAAUUUGCUAGCUUUUAUCUAAAGUAGUCACUAAGCUAGAAACAUUUUUUUAAAUAUAUUUAUUAUUUCUCGGAAGCGUUUCAACGGUCACAAUAUAAAUUAUGUUGUUUGAAUUUUAUUGUUUAGUAUCUAUUGAAGCACUAGCGAGCUUCUUCUUAUAGAUUAAUUAUCGAGCGAUCUAUUCGGACGCGUUCAGUACAUGUAUUAUCUGAACGCGUUCAUCUUUGUUGGAUUUUUGAUUCUUGUUGUAAAGUAACGCCAUCUACUGCCACAAUUAUCCACUAAUACUUUCCUGAAAGUGUCUUUGUAGCUUUGUGAAAUUAUUUAGAAGUGAAUAUUGUUAAAAAUUUAAAAAUUAUUUUGGGACAAAAAAAAAUGCAAAAUAUUUAUUUUCUAUGUAUAUAAUAAAAUAAUGACGAAUAUGUUCCGCAAUAAACUGAAUCAUUGUUGUCGUGUUUUCGCUGAAAAUAAAACGACUGGCCUUCAUUGAUGUAAAAUUUGAUUUAUCCUAGUUUAUAACAGUUUGUAACCGACAGAAGUUGUUGAUGUUUAAAAAUAAUAAUAAUAAUAAUAGUAUAUCAUCUGUAAUAAUAUUCCAGACAACCAAAACGAUACAACAUAGUAUAAUUUAUUAGUACAGGGAGAAUAUUGUGUAAAAAUACAUACCGUUACGACCCGGAUGUUCCUGGAUUGUGGUAACACUGGUGUUGGAAUCGGUUCGACCGAUCACGCUUUGCCGUAGCAUUUGAUACACGGGAGAUUGGAAUGUUCCUAUUUGGGGAUGUAACUAGUAGUUAUUUUAAGCAUAGCAGAGGCGACGUUAAAGUUUCGCAUAAAGUUCAUUAGAUCCAGCGUGACGGACGAACCGGUUCCCGAACGCGACCCUCGAACUCAAAAGACCCAAGUUCCUGGGAACAAGAUGAGACACUCCACUACCACUAGUGUAAGUCAUCGAACUAUGUAUCGACAAUUAAAUAUUAACGAUUAAUUAUUAAUAAGAAUAAUAAAUAUGUAGCUGUUUAAUAAAUAAUUAUUAAAAGCCUUGAUAUUAAUUCAUUGCUUUGUAUAUGAACAUAUUUUUUUUUGUCUUAUAGUAAUCACAAAUUCAUUAUAGUGUAUAGCAAUAACAGUGCUGGAUGCGAUUUUUUUUUAUCUUUUCCGUCUGUCACGUGGUUUUGCUGUUAAUAUUUUUUACAAUAAUGUAUAAAUAGUUUAUAUUGUAAGGUGCAUUUUGUGGCGAUGACCAGUGCAGUAGAGGUGCCAUUAGAUACGAUUUCUAAAUUAUACUAAACGACAUAAAAAAUUAUUAAAUAUCUUUCAUAUGUAUUCAUAACUGUUGUGUAUACGAACAGUGUGGGAAAUAAAAGUUUUUAGAUAUUUGGUCAGCGACAUCACAACACCGACGCAGUACAACUCGGACGCGUGGUUCGUUUACACCGACCAUUCCAUAUAAGGGUGAAGUUGGAGCCAAAAUUGUAACUUAUUUUUCUAAAAUGUUUUGUUAUAUCGCGUUAAAACUAGUAUAGAUAAAACGUAGUUAUUUAUCUAUAUUGUAAUCAUAGGACAUUCAGAUUUCCAAAGAAAGCUCAACUGAAUUCAUUUAGGUAGAUGACACGAGACGACAUACGUACGCAAAAUUUAUACUGUUUUUUUUUUUUUAUAAUAGUAUAAGAAGCAAUGAUAUUCAUCAGGUGUCACUUAGUAUGUACAUACUUAAUUACCAUAAAAUGUGAUAAGACUUUUUUUUGUGUUGUAGUGUUUUAUAAUUGUUUAAGUACAGUGAAUUUUUAUUUGUAUAAAUUUCUACGACUUUAAAAAAAAAUAAUGUCAAAUGGUGCUGUCUUAAAGCAACAACUCUGCUUCACAGUUGAACUUUUUUAUUUUCUACGAACGUAUUAAUGGCGAUGACAUUACAAUUUGUUAAAUUUGUAUUUUUAUUUUUAUUUUAUUAAAUAAUUUGAUCAUGUUCUGUGACCCAAAUAACCGGGACAAAUAUCAGCUUUAAAUAAUGGUUAAUCUUGUUAUUUUCGAUAAUAAUAUUUACCACAUGCUUUUACUUCUCAACAAGACAUUUUUAAAAUCAUAUUUGUAUAUAAUUUUACUUAGUGCUUCUUAAAAAUAUGGAAUCUCUUUAUUUCCAUUAUAAUCACCCGUAUCCUUUUGUGCUAAUGAAAAAUUAUUUAAACUAUCAACAAUAAUCGGUUUAAUGUUGCUUUUUAUUUGAAUAUUGUGUAAAUUAUUAACGACAUGUUGUGUAAGUAAUUAUAUGAUGAUAGCCAUAAAAUAUUUGUUUUAUAUAACAUAAGUUUGUAAAUACUAUGAUUAUACAUUAAGUUUUAUACUC